CCACCAUCUCUCUGCGCUUGUCAACGGCUUUCACCAGUUAGCCCGAUUUUGACUUCCACGUCGCAUCGCGUCCUCUCGCAACUUUGAGACCACUCCUUUCAAUUUGGAUCAUGGGGGAUAGACUUACGCAGUUGCAGGAUGCUGUGGAUCAGCUUGCCCAGCAGUUCGUUUCCUCCAUCCACUAUAUCAAUCGACACCACAGCCUCCAACUUCUCGGGCCGAACGACCAAAUUCGAGAUGUAAAGCCGGAGCCCGGCCAAGAAGAUGUUGAUCCUCACGCGCCGGAGACCUUCAAGGCAUCGCAGAUCGAGCUGGCGCAGGACCUCAUCACGAAGGAGCAGCAGAUCGAGUUACUCAUCUCGAUACUUCCUGGAUUGGACAACAGUGAACAGGACCAGGAACGAAAUAUCAAAGAACUUGAGGAGGAGCUGAAAGCUGCUGAAGCCCAACGUCAGAAGGCUAUUAAGGAGAAGGCGGAAAUCAUGACGAAGCUUGACACAGUCAUUCGGAGCAUUCGACGGCCAUAACGUGAUGAGAAUGAUUUGAAGGCAUGAUACCCCCGGAAACCAGGCGUAAGUGAUGAAUUAUGGUAUGGAUUUUUGGCAUCUUGAUUCAGUUCGGUGGCUGCUCUAGAAUAA